AUGGCUCCUACAACUUCAACUUCAAUUCUUGUUGGCCCUCCACGGUUCAAACCACACAGCCCCCCGCCGCCUCAAUCCCAAGUACCCUUUCUACCCCGACCCUUUUUCACUCCCUCCCCUUACAGUAACUACUGCCUCGAUCUUUUCUUUCACGUGGUACCAGAAGAAGACAGUGGCACCCUUGCCUCCCAUGAACGCCUGAACCAAAUGCUUCACUUGGCCUGGUUCAAGAACCCCCUAACUACGGUUAAGCUCAUCUGCAACCUACUGGACAGGCGUGGUUAUGGUGGAAAAGACGACAGAGACAGCUUCUACACGGCGGCGUUUUGGCUCCACCGGCACCACCCCAAGACCCUAGCCUGCAACGUCGCUUCUAUUGCCUCUUCGUUCGGGUCUUUUGACGACCUUACCGAGACUCUGUACCGCCUUCUGUAUGGCCAGGACGUGAGAAGGAGGAACCAAUCUGAAUCAAUUGACGGAUUUCGGGUCAGAAGAAAAGGCAGCAACAGUAAAGUGCUUAGCUGCCGUAGGCUUACUCCCAGAGAGGUACGGGUCAUGAAGGCACUGGAGAGGUCAAAGUUGCAAGAGGAAAAAGCCAGAGCCUUGAGGAGAGACAAGGCCAUGGCCUUGGCCAACACGGCUAUUGAGAGGUACCAAAACGACCCGGAUUAUCGAUUCUUACAUGAUCGGAUUUCGGAUGUUUUCGCAGAAUGCUUCAAGUCUGAUAUUCAAAACUUGAACAAGGAGAAGGAUGCCAAUUAUGAUCGUGAUCAGGACUGCUUGGAGUUAAGCUUGGCGGCCGACUAUUGUCCUAAAAUGGGCUCCUCCAUGGACUGCGCCACCCUUCUUUGUGAAAGCAUUGCCAAAAAGGUUUUCCCGCGAGAAUUGUACCCUGAAUACCAAGGCAUUGAGGAGGCGCAUUACGCAUACAGAGUCCGCGACAGGCUGAGGAAGGAGGUUUUGGUGCCGUUGAGGAAGGCCUUGGAUGUAGCAGACUAUCAUGCAGGUGCCAACAAGUGGGGUUAUAAUCCGGAUUUCAAGCGAGAGCCCUGUGCAGUAAAGAAGUAUUUGGAGGACGUGAAAGCGGGCGGCGAAUCCAAGAUUAGAGUCGAUGCCCUGUUUCCUCAUGAAAUCAUGCGCUAUGCCAAUCAUCCUGAUGUUGGGGAAAGUGCUGAGCUUCAAUGGAAGGCAAUGGUGGAGGACAUGAGGAUGAACAAAGGCAUGAAUGUACUGAACAAGUGCAUUGCUGUAUGUGACGUCUCGCCAGCCAUGACUGGGCGUCCCAGGGAUGUGUCCGCGGCUUUGACACUAAUGAUGUCUGAACUGAGUGAAGAGCCAUGGAAAGGGAAGGUGAUCACGUUCAGCGAGUCGCCUCAGUUGAUAGCAAUACAAGGCGGGGAUCUCAAGUCCAAGCGGGAGUUUUUGAGGAACAUGGGAUGGGGCUACCACACUACAUUUUCAAAGGUGUUUGACUUGAUUCUGGAAGCGGCUGUGAAUGAGAAAUUGAAGCCAGAGCAUAUGAUAAAGAAGGUGUUUGUGUUAACCAGCUACAGUUUCUUGGAGCGGGGUUUCGAUGAUGAUAGCUGCUGGGAGAGUGAGUAUGAGGCAAUACGAAGCAAGUUUAAGAAGGAAGGGUACGGGGAUGUGGUACCACAGCUUGUGUUUUGGAAUCUGAACCUAGAAGAGUUGUAUAAGCAAGUGCGUAGUGAAGGAGAAUGUCAAGAACAAGAAGGGUUAUCGAUGUUUAGCUUCGUCAACGACAAUUUGAUCAAGUCAUUGUUGGAGAAUGAUGGGAAUAUUGGGUUGGAGCAUGUCAUUGCAGCAGUUAUCUCUGGGCAAGGGUAUCAGAGUCUGGUUGUGGUGGACUGA